GUUAUGUGGCUUUCAUGUCCCUGUGAAGUGUCCCCUUUUUUAAUUUUAAGUUUGUAGGGGGUGCUCAUGAGCGCGUCCUAUGGUCCUCCCCUUCUUCUGCCCUCAUGCCAUGGUUACCACAUUCUAGCUGGCACUGUAAAUGCUAUAUAAGUUCAUGAGCAUUUCUUUACAGGAUCUGCAGCUGGCGUGGAUAGAAGAUUGAUGUCUGACACAUUCACCAUAGGAAGAAGACACAUUUGUGUCUAAGCUUAUGGCGGAGGCCAAUGGCACAAUCACAGAGGUGUCAUUUCUGUACCAGCAAAUCUUUAAGAUAGACUUUGAUGCUGGCAUUCACACUAGAAUUUCAUUGGCUGUGCUUAUACCCCUGUUCUUCAUCUUUGUAAACUGUGUCAUGCUCUUUGCUUUAAGAAGCAAGUCUGUCUUUUAUGAAACUCCACGCUACAUUCUGUUUGGUCACAUGCUUAUAAAUGAUUCUGUACUUUUGUCUGUUACAACCAUCAUGUAUAUUUUGGCUUCUAUUCCAAUAGAAAUCACCAAAGCCUUGUGUGCUCUUUUUGUCUUUAUCUCCCACUGCACUUUCCGUAACUCUCCUUUGACACUCGCAGUGAUGUCUCUGGAGCGGUAUGUGGCUAUCCGCUUCCCUUUAAGACACUGCAACAUUGCCACACCAAAAAGGACCAACAUCAUUUUGGGAUUCAUAUGGAUCCUUAGCUCUCUAAAUAUCGCUAUGGAUAUAAUUUUAGGCUUAAUUGUCAACCCCAGUAGCUUAUCAGAUAAUAUAUUUUGCACGUACGAGAAACUGUUUGUAGCGAAAUGGCAGAUGGAUAAAGCUCAAGGGUUAGAUAUUUUUUAUUUUGUGUCUGUUGGAGUAAUUAUUAUUUUUACUUAUAUAAGCAUUAUGAUCACAGCCAGGUCUGUUACAUCUGAUAAAGAUUCUGCUAAGAAAGCCCUCAGGACAGUGCUAUUGCACCUGAUUCAACUUUGCCUGUGUCUCACCUCUUUUCUAUAUGCUACAAUAGAGAGAACACUGUACAUGAUGUCAGGUAAAAGUCCUCCUUUCUUUUUAACCCUCAGAUAUCUGAAUUAUAUUACGGUUCUUAUUCUGCCACGCUGCUUGAGUCCUUUGAUCUACGGUCUGAGAGACGAGGCCUUGUUGCCUUUAUUCAAAUAUUACUUCUGUUAUCGUUCAGGGAGAGCAAGACCCCGUGUUAAUGUACAUUAACUGAUCUGGAGACGUGUUAUAAUAUCAAAAAAUAAUCAGUCUAGAUGUGUAAGAAAGGCCUGCAUUAUUUUUCAAAAAUGCUGUAAAGGUUUGUACCUUUGCUACUCACUGGUUCUGUUUUUAUGUUAAUGAACUGUCCCAAAGCAACUCUAAACUAUGUUCUGAAAGAUAAUGCUGUGUAGUCUUUUUUAGGUUAAUAUAUUAGCAGUUGUAUAGCUUAGGCUACUUUGCAGUAAAUCUACGUUAGCUAUUCACAUGCUAUAAGCUGAUGUCAAUACCACUAAUGUUGGUCUGUCAAUUUGUGAUUAAUUUAGAUAAAAUUCAAAUCAUUGUUCAAAAAUAAAUAAAUUAUAAGACUACCUGUUCAGUAAAUCAACUAUGACAGUUUAGUAAAAGCUUAUGUUUUAUUGUCUGUUUUUGGGAAUGGGAGAUAAAGACUGACCUCUUUACUGUGGGCAAUAAAAAAACUCAUGUUUUUAAAGUAUUUAUGUUUUUAGGGAAACUUUGCCCGCUGGCGUUUGCAUACAACGACCCCUGCCAGUUUAA